AUGUGUGAGGGCUUCAAAGGUCGUAUAUUGCCUCUUUUAUCAAAAUUGGAAAGUUCCUAUGUAAGUGACUUAAACCAAGAAUGGCAAGAGGCCAAGACGUUUGCCAACGUCCCAGGUCCCACCAAAUUUCAAAUGUUUCGUGGUUUUAUGAAAGGUGGCGAUUUCCAUGGUAAAUCUAUUCAGAAUUUAAUGCAAGUAUGUCGACAGCGCUAUGGCAAUAUCUUUUUGCUACCUGGUAUGUUUGGCAAACCAACGAAUGUGGUUACAUUCAAUUUGGAUGAUUAUGCGAAGAUCAUACGCACCGAAGGCAUAUAUCCAAUACGUCCCAGCAAUGAAAUCAUCUACGAUUACCGCAUGGCUAGAAAGGAUGGUCUUUACAGUGAAAUGAAUUUGGGAUUGGCCGGAGAUGGUGCUCACUGGGGAAAAUUUCGGCAAACCGUCAAUCCUGUGCUAUUACAUCCGAGGAAUGCUGUACUCUACCUUGAUCCCAUACAAAAGGUGACAAAUGAUUUCAUCGAAAGAAUUCGCAAAAUUCGUGACUCUACUACGCUGGAAGUUCCCGGUGAUUUUCUCACUGAAAUUAAACAUUUCGCUUUCGAAUCUGUAGCUGCUGUGGCCUUCGACAAAGACCUUGGACUUGUACGCAAAGAUGCCUCCAUGACUGAAGCUCAGAAAUUAUUCGACGAUUUGGAAGAUUUCAAUAAGGCCAUGUAUGAGUUGGGCAUGAAGCCUUCCAUCUAUAAAUACUAUAAGACCCCUACCUAUAAGCGAUUCGAAAAGGCCAUGGACCAUAUCUCCAAUAUAUGCUGUGAAUAUGCCAAUGAAAGUUUACAACGCAUUGCAGAAAGAGGGGAGGCUGAAGGUGAGGGCAAGAGUGUCCUGGAACAAUUGGUAAAAAUCAAUCCCAAAAUAGCUGUUACCAUGAUGGCCGAUAUGAUAAUAGCGGGCAUUGAAACAGCAUCCUCAGCCAUUUGUGCCAUACUCCUUUGCCUGGCCACACAUCCGGAGAAACAGCAGAAAUUGCGUCAGGAAGUUUUAUCGGUUGUUGGAAGGACGGAUAAAUUCACCAUGGAAAAUUUAAAAAGGAUGCCAUAUUUAAAAGCUUGCAUUAAGGAAUCUUUGCGCUUAUAUCCAGUGCUAUUUGGUAAUGUGCGCACCACGGGUAUGGACUUGUGUUUGAGCAGCUAUCAAAUACCCAAAGGUACAAAUGUCUUUAUGGCUUCAAAUAUGCUGCUGCAAGAUGAAAAGUAUUUUCCCCAACCGCAGAUCUUCGUUCCCGAACGAUGGCUACGAACUUCUGCCGCUGCCGAAGAGGACUUGAAAAGUAGCAACCCAUUUGUUUUCUUACCCUACGGCUAUGGUCCUCGCUCCUGUGUGGGUAGGCGUAUUGUGGGCCUGGAAAUGCAAAUGAUGUUGGCCAAUAUAGUGCGAAAUUUCCAAAUGGAAUUCAAUUAUUCCAAGGACAAUGCGUUUGAAAACUAUUUCCUGAAUAUCUGUGUUCUUCCAUUGAAAUUUAAAUUUAAGAAUCUGUAG